AUGGAAUGGGAUGGUUAUGAGCAGCAGCAGCAGCACCAGCAGCAGCAGCAGCAGCCGAUCAGCGCUUCAAUGCUGAUGCUGCAACACUACCAGAAUGCUGGAGCCUUACCCACUGGCGGCAGGGACCAUUUCCCCUCAGUCAUCUUUCAGCAACAGCAUUCCUUCUCCAGCAUCCCCCAGCAACGGCAACACCCCUUCUCUCUGCAAGAUCCACGCGCCUCGUCUUAUCCUCCUGGUCAUCUUAUUCCUCGCCCACCAGGCGAGAUCGUCAGUCCUGCUGUCUACUCGGGCGUUGCAGCAUCCAUUCCUGUUGAGGCAACCCAUGGUGUUUCUGCACGCGCAGUUGCAGCACACGGCGAGGUUCUUGGAGCACCAAUCCCCACAUCAGAACGCCAGCAGCAGCAGCAGCAGCCAGCAGCCUAUGAUCCAGCUCUCUUUUCCCCUGCCGUUGCAUUUCCUGCCGCGUUUCAGCCUAGAGGUCUGGCCGUUUCAUCUGCAGCAGCUGCUGGCAUGCGGCCCAUGGUCGGAAUGGGAUCAGGCGCUGGUGGUGGUGCUGCUGCUGCCUCUGUUAAUAAUACCACAGCUGUUUUUCAACUGCCCAAUUUCCAGCUCCCCGGUUUUCAGCUGCCCGGGAGGCCUCGCCCACCGCCACCUGUCAUCACGCACACGUGGUCCGGGCGAACGCUGCUGCAGCCUGCUGCCUCGGCCUGCUCCCCUGCUGCCACUGCUCGUAUUCCGAUGCGCUUUGUUCCAACUGCUGCACCUGGCAUUGAUUCGUUUGAGGAUGAUGCAGUAUCUGCAUCUUCGUCAUUUCCGUACCCUGGAGAUAUAGGGAUUGGCGGAAACACUAUUGUAGCUGCCACUGGUGGUGGUGUGGCUUCAGGGCAUAGCGGCAGUGUGGGAGCAGUAGCAGCAGCAGCAGCAGCAGCAGCAGCAGCAGCAGCAGCAGCAACGGCAACAGCGACAGCAACAACAACUGAAGUUAUUGCUGCUGCCACGUCUGCUGAUACUGCUGCAGCUGUCCUUCAGCUGUCCCUCAGCUGUCCCUCAGCUGUCCCUCAACUGUCCCUCACAUGUCCCUCACAUGUCCCUCACGUGUCCGCUCCCUGGGUGUCCCUCUGA